AUGGAGAUGCUUGAUCGAGCUGUGGUGGGGAAGAUUCUGGGUAGAAGAGCUUCAUUCUUCUUGUUGAAAUCUGAGAUCCAACGACAAUGGGGAAGGUUUGGGGAGUUUCAGCUCACCUCAUUGGGUGCGGAUUGCUUUAUCUGCAUUUUUAUUUCUGUGGAAGCAAGAAAUGAAGUGUUAAGGGGCGGCCCCUGGUUUAUCGGUGGUAAUCUGGUAGGAUUGGAUAGGUGGACAACUAAUUUCUCCCCAGCUUCUAUGGAGGGACUGUCGUCCCCGGUUUGGAUACGAUUACCCAACUUCCCAUUGCAAUAUUGGGAUGAAUGCAAUAUUGCUCGGAUCGCCACGAAGAUCGGCACUCCUCUAUGGAUUGAUGCAUUGACAGCAAACUGGGGAAGAAGAGAGUAUGCUCGGGUAUGUGUGCGGAUGAAUAUGGCAAAUAAACUUCAGGUGGGAGUGUGGGUCAAAGGAUGGAACGGGAGGUUCUAUCAGAAGGUGGAAUAUGAAGGCAUUGGCAUUAUGUGCUUCGGCUGUGGUAAAAUUGGCCAUAGGAGAGAUCAUUGUCCUUUGAAGGAUGGUGGUCAUGGGGAUGGCGGGAUGAGGAAAGCAGGAGAGCAGUUAAAACAGAAUGAGCCAACUGUGAAGAACCCCGAGCAGUCCUCAGGAAGGAUUGAGCGUGCUGAAAAGGAAUGUGAUCAGGAGAAUGAUGAGGAGGUGGGACCGUGGAUUCAGGUUCCCCCUAGACGAAGAAGAAAUAUGAGACCUUCUGGGAGGAAUUUUGUUGGUAACAACAAUAGACAAUUACAGGGUAAUCUCAAACAAGUUGAUUUGGGGAAGGUUGAAGCUCCUCAGAGCACAUUGAGACCUACUCAUAAACAGAGCAAAAUGGGUUUUAAGAAACCUCUACCCUUCACGGCAGGUAUGCCACCUCCCUUGCCAAAGACCAAUAGAUUUAAGUUUAUGAAAGAACUUAGUCAAUUGGGACCUAUUACGGAGUCUUCAAGGAAGAGGAGGAAGGAAUUAACAGACAUCACUAAUGGUGGAGAGGAUUCUCCUAUUGAUUAUGGCGGCGGGGACGCUUCCCCAUUUGUUUUUUAA